UUUGUCACCUCAGACACCUUCAUCACGGGUUUCUUCACGCUUUAACUCUUUUCUCUUCUUUAUAGUCAACUGCCAUCACCAUGCCGACCUUUCAAGAAAUAGCAGCAGCUUCAGUGCAGUCGCGAAGUCGCAUUCGCCAUCACAUCUACCAAACGCCUCUCAUCCCCGCCAAGAAAGUCGGCCGCGAUCUCAAAGCAAACGUCCUAUUCAAAGCUGAGAACUUUCAACUUACCGGGUCUUUCAAAGUCCGAGGUGCCAUGUCCAAGCUGUCAGCACCAGGACAAGGUCGAUUGAUCACUGCUUCAUCUGGCAACCACGGCAUCGGCUGCGCUUUGGCAUCGCAGACUCUAUCCAAAGAUCUCACAGUCGUCCUUCCCGAGAUUGUCAUUCCUGCCAAGCUGAAUGCUAUUAAGUCAUAUGGCGUCGACGUGAUUCUUCACGGCGCUGAGGCUGGUCUCUCUGAACAACAUGCCCAGAAGCUUGCAGCCUCGGGUGAUUAUACUUACGUAUCACCUUACAACGACCCCGAUAUCAUUGCUGGUCAGGGAACCAUUGGCCUUGAACUUAUUGAGCAAUGUGACCAUAUCGACAACAUCUUUAUCUCCCUGGGCGGUGGUGGUCUUAUCAGUGGCAUCGGAUCCGUCCUCAAAGCAAACAACCCACGCAUCAAAGUCUACGGUAUUUCAGCGAUUAAUUCAAAAGCUCUAGCUGCAUCAAUGGCUGCAGGACAUGUCGUUGAAACAGAGCAUCUUCCCACUUUGGCAGAAGCUGUUGCCGGUGGCAUCGAUGAGAACACUAUAACACUUGGACUGGCAAAUGCAGUUGUUGAUGAACUGAUUGACUGCAAUGAAGACGAUAUUAAGGAGGCAUUGAAAGAACUUGCUUGGUCUGAGAGCAUGAUUGUUGAAGGAUCUGCAGCUUUGGCUCUUGCUGGCUUCAACAAGGUCGCUUCGAAACUAGCUGGGCAAACCAGUAUUGUACUCCUCUGCGGGUCGAAUUACGAUCAAUCCGCGAUCAGCAAGAUAAUCUCUCAGCCAUAAACAAGCCAAAUAAAAGAACCUUCCACUUUUGUCAUCACACGCCUGGCAACAUUGAAUUAUGUUUGACGCGAAAUGCUUUAAUCUUCCCCCUGGUUAAAG